UCGUACAUACUGCACCGCUGGACAGCUGACAAUGGCAGCAGUGAGUUGAGAACGCUUUAAAGCACGGGAAAUACAUAUAAAAACUUUCAAUGGGAUCACAAGAUUUUCAGUUAAUUUUUGAAAUUCACAAACGGCGGUUGACGCGCACAAGCAAAGUGAAGUAACAAGGAUAAUAACUCUUAAACAAGGAUCGAAAUAAUAUUUUAUUUACGUUAGUUUGUGUUUCGCGUGUCGUCUCGCAUUUCUUGCAGCAGAUCUAGCAACUAGAUUGCUUUUAAGGGAUUAAAAAAAAUAUAAAAAUUUAUACAAAUUAGAUUAAUAUUAAAAUUAAUCGAAGAAAAAUCUCAUUUUCAACUAUUUUAAUAAACAAAAGCAACAAUAAAUACAAAAUGCAACAAAUUAAAAGUAUAAGAAAAUUGACGGGCUUCCUGUUGCUUGCGUGCAUAGUACAAGCAUGCCACAGCGCCACAGUCACCUCCACCACACCACUCAUGUGUUAUGUUUGCGAGAAUUGUGCGAAGGUUACAAACGAAACGCCACUCGUAGCAUGCAAUGCGGAAUUCUUCGAACAGAGCAGCACUACGCUCGAACCCACCACAGAGCCCAGCACGACCACAACAGCUGAGCCAACAACGGACAGCACAACCACCACCACACUUGGCACCACACUCGCCACAACAACCACAGGCACAACCGAGGUGACGACCACCGAAGGCAGCACAACCGAAGCAGUGCCGACAGCACCUACCGUUGGUCCACCAGUAACCGUACCCACCCCACCUGAUGUCGGCACCGUUGCUGCUGAUUUUUUGCUCACCACUGAAGUGACCGUCGGCAAUAACACCACUGAUGUGACCGCUAGCAAUAGCAGCACCGAGAGUACAGUUGUCUAUGAAGCACCCAAAGCGUUGCCGCUAGUUGGCGACAGUUACACCUAUCACUGCUUUAGUGUGCAAAAGAAAGUUAACGGCACUGCGCAGAUGGACCGUGGCUGCUCGCGCGUUACCACCAUGGAGAGCGUUUGCGCUCAGCUGCAGGCGCAGAAUAACGGCACUGAGGUGAGCAAGUGCACACCCUGCUCGAAUAACAGUUGCAACGGCAGCAGCGCGCUUGGCGUUUCCCUGGCCGCGUUGAUGUUCACGUUGAUUGCUGCACUGCUGAGCCGGCAAUAAGGCGUCGUGCUGUGCUCGUAAGUGCCGUUAAUGGCACGAAUCAGCAACUGACAGCGUGUGUGUAGUGAAAUUGACGGUAUUUUAAACCAAAUAAACAAACAUUUUGCUAACUGUGUGGAGGAAAGUCAAAAGACAUAGUAUUUUUAAAGAUGUUUACAAAUAAUUUAGUUUGUAUUUGGAAUUAAGUACGAAAAUCAUGCAAAUCGAAAUAUUUAAAUUUAGAAUUUUACCAAAAUCCUUAUUGUUAUCUAUAUUUUAAUUUUUUUCAUAGGUUAACAAAUAAUUUUUACAAAAUAAAAAAUGAAAAUUAAACAAAACAAAGUAA